CCUUCUCUGUAUAUUUGUAUUUAUACAUAUGGGUAGGGGGUGCCCAGAACAUGAUACCUGCUUGUGAGUGUUCAUUGUGUUUCCUUGCUUACCCAGGGACCCCCUCCCCAGUCCUGAGGAGCCCGCCUUCCAGCCGAGUAAUAAAGACCAGAUACAGGAUUGUGAAGAAAAAUGCUUCUGCUCUGCAUCCGGUGUCACCAUUUUCCCCAUUCAGCCCUUCCCUCUCCUGGAGGAGUCGGCUCCUGUUGGUCCACCAGAUCCGCCAGCAGUCGCAGAGCUCACGUUUCCUCCACCCACAGCAGAGAUGGAAGAGCCGGGGGAUUCGAUGUAUCGGAGGAGUCAUGUACCGGGUGUCUGCUAACAAGCUUUCCAAAACGUCAAGCCCCGGCCCUGUCUCCAAACAGAGCCCCAGAGCAGGAAGCCUGGAAUUGGGUGGAACAAGCCCUGGAUCCUUAUACCCCAGCAGAACAACAACUCCGAGCCGAUACAUUGCAAGUCGUGCUGUCCACCGAAGUCUCGCCAUCAUCCGCCAGGCCAAACAGAAGAAGGAGAAGAAGGAAUAUUGCAUGUAUUACAACCGUUUCGGGAAGUGCAACCGCGGCCAAAACUGCCAGUUCAUACAUGAUCCUGAGAAGGUAGCCGUGUGCACCAGGUUUCUCCGUGGGACAUGUAAGAAGACGGAUGGGACUUGCCCUUUUUCUCACAAAGUUUCGAAAGACAAGAUGCCCGUGUGCUCGUUCUUCCUGAAAGGAAUCUGCCACAAUAACGACUGCCCUUACAGCCACGUCUAUGUGUCGAGAAAAGCCGAAAUCUGCAAGGACUUCCUCAAGGGCUACUGUCCACUGGGAGCCAAGUGCAAGAAGAAACACACCCUGCUGUGCCCAGAUUAUUCCAAAAAUGGCAAGUGCCCAAACGGCUCCAAGUGCAAACUGCAGCAUCGCCAGAGGAAGAAACACUCGGAGAAUGUGGCCCAGUCGGAGCAAGCUGGGCCAGGCUCAAGGCAAAGACAAUCUGAGGAGGAGAGUUUGGGAGCAAGCGCUGAUAUAUCAGGUGUUGGUUCCUGUGACAUCCCAAGUGAUGGUGAAUUGUCAGGCAGAAGCACAAUACACACCCUUCCCUCCUUCAUCUCUCUGGACUGCUCCCUUAUUCCCACCAGCAACACCUCACAGGGACCGGCCAAUGGGAGAGCAGCAGAGGACUCCGGCAAACCCCUGCAGAUCAAACCUCGACUGUGAACCACUGCGUGGCCACCUCAAUCAGUUCUCCUCCAAUCAAAAUGGGAAAUACCGGCGUGGCAAACUAUCAGGAAACCAAAAGGCACCGCAUGAGGAACCCGCGUGAUGGAAGUGCUCUAACCAAGGAAUAAACAGAUUUCUCUGUGUUGGUUUUAGUAUAGGGCCUGCUCCCCAGCAGAUAUGUGAAUGUUAGCCUAUUGGAUCACAUGGUCUUUGCUAGGCAAAGCAGUUCAUCACAUGGUCUGUGCCAGGCAAAGCAGUUCAUCACAUGGUCUGUGCCAGGCAAAGCAGUUCAUUACAUGGUUUCUGUCAGGCAAAGCAGGUUCAUCACAUGGUCUGUGCCAGGCAAAGCAGUUCAUUACAUGACCUUAUGCUUCUUUGUUAGCAGAGAGUUCCAUGUUGCCUUUCAGAUGUCUAUUUAACAAUUUAGAUUUAUUAUUUAAUGCAUUUAAUUUAAGGUUUCAGUUUGUGUAUAUGAGUAGUUAGGAGUUUGCUGUCAGGGUGCAUUUUAUUUGCUUGAACACAUAAAAUCAAAGGGUCCGGGAAUGGUGGAAGUUGCAGCAGCUGGAGGCCAAAGGUUAGAAAACAGGAAGUUAAGGGGAAGUUAAUGUCCCUUUUUGCUGCCACCACUUCUGAGCCCCCCAUUAUAUUACAUCCCUAUCAGAACAACUGGAGUCGGCCAGUCACCCAGAAAUUGAGGCCUAGUAUAGAACAAUAAAUUCGGUGUUUUUAUAACUCCCUGAAGCUUUUAUUUGCUGCUUUAUACGUUCCAUUUAUUUGCCCCAAUGACACUUUUUAAAUCCCACAAUAAAAUGAAAAUGUUCCCAAAGUGAUUUUAACUUUAAGAACCA